AUGAUAAAGCUGAGGUGCUCCAAGAAGCUGUUCAGGAGGAGCUCCUCCAAGGGCAGCACCGCCGGCGGCAGCAGCAGCAGCAGCGACGGCGGGGAUGUCGGCAGCGGUGGCCGUGGCCGUGGGGAGAUUGAGUGGGAGGUGAGGCCCGGAGGGAUGCUGGUGCAGAAUAGGGAGGGGCGGUCGGACGUGGAGGUGAUCACCGUCAGGGUCGCCACAGGCUUCUCCUGGCAUGACGUCUCCAUCGGGGCUACCUGCAUUUUUGAGGAGCUGAAGGCGGUGCUGUCCAUGGUGACGGGGCUUGAGCCACGGGAGCAGAGGCUGCUGUUCAGUGGCAAGGAGAGGGAGGACGGCGACCACCUCCACAUGGUCGGCGUGAGGGACAUGGACAAAGUGCUGCUCCUCGAGGACCCUGCCCUCAAGGACAUGAAGCUCCGGGCCACGCUCGCGGCCCAGACCGCGCAGAGCCCAUACCGGCCUUUCAUCAAGGUGUAG